AUGGCUUCCGGCAGAAGAUCCCCCGGCGGGGCCGGCGGCGGCGGUGGCCGUGGAGGGAGAAGCAUACGGCUGUUCGGGACGUGGGUCAGCUGCCCUCAACAAGAACCACCUCACCAGCCGGGAAAGGGUAGCGAACGAAGGCCGCAAGAGCAUGGAAGGGAGCUUCGUCCUGCCGGCGGCGCUGACACACCCCCUGAAGACCUCCGCAUCAGCAACAACAGUACAUACACACACACACACACACACACACAUAUAUAUAUAGAGAGCGAGAGCGACAGAGAGAGAGAGGUUUCUCCCUAAUGGUUCUCUCUCUUUCUCUCUCUCUCUCUCUAAUGCGUCUGGGUUUGCAAUGACAGGUGGUCCAUGGACGGAGGAGGAGCACAAGGCAUUCCUGGAGGGGCUGGCGGAGAAGGGGAUGAGGAACUGGCGGGCGAUAUCGAGCGAGUUUGUGAAGACGAGGACCACCAAGCAGGUGAUGAGCCACGCGCAGAAGUACUUCCUCUACCAGGCCAAACCCGUGAAGCGAAGGCGCAGUCUCUUCGACCUCGCACCCGACUCUGAAACCCAUCACCCACCGCCGCCGCCGCCCACCGGCGGCACCGCCGGGUGCGGUGGUCUCCCCGAUCCCCCGAUGCCCCCCUGAUAACACUUCGCCGUCUCUUGUACCCCUCCUGCGAAUUAGUGGCGGAUCUCGCGGCAGAGGCAGACACACAGACGAAGACAGACAGCGCAUCUCUUCUUACUAGCAUUGAAAGAUCAGCCACCAAAAUCCAUGGCAGAUAUAUACACAAAAACGAGCGAGCGACAGAGAGAGAGAGAGAGAAACAGACAGACAGACAGACAUGCUAAGUGUAUACAUUAGCUUGAAUUAUUAUAUGCCAAAAACUGCCUGCACAAUUCUGGGAGGGGACCCAAUGGCUGGGCUUCUUCAUAGGCUCAAGCGCCCAGAAGAUAGAGAGAGAGAGAGAAAGAGAAAGAGAGAGAGAGAGAAGAGAGAGAGAGAGAGAGAGAGGUCAGGAGUGUGUAUGCAUACAAAAAGAUGUCUGUAUAUCAACAAGACGGAGGGUGGGGUCAAUUACCGUAAGCCAAAACUGGCUGCCCACAGCAGGGAAACUCUCCAGUGGCCCUCAGAAGAACCGCCUCUUGAAGUUCCGGGUGGUGGCCUGGUACGAGUGCAUGAGCAGCCCGACGCCAAGGCCCAGGCCCAGGCACAUCCCCAGCCCGAUCCCCACACCGACCCGCACCCCGGCGUUGAACCACGAGAGCUGCCCGUCUUCCUCACUGUACAGGCCUCGCACCAUCUUCUCCUCCAUCUCUGCUUCAUCGCUCUCGCCUUCCAUUACCUGCAGGAGGAUUCCACCAGAGAGUUUCAGUACUUGUGAGCUGAGGAGAGCCGGGGAAAUGGAAAAAACUUUCUUAUUUUGGAUAAGGGAUGCUAUCCUGAGACCAAUGUACCAAUAA